GGCGGGAGGACUGCAGGUCCCGGCGUGCCCCGCGGGCGGUCCCUGAGGCAGACGGCGGCGAUGUCGGUGCAGGUGGCAGCCCCCGCCGUGGAGCUGAAGGAGCUGAGCGGCCCCAUGGAUAAGGCGGCGGGGCCGCCGUGUGAGCCGGUGGCCGCUCACCCUCCCGGGCACGGCGUGGCCGCGGCCCCCUGCCCGCUGCCGGCCACCGAGCGUGAGGCGGCCCUGGCGUCCUCCUCCUCCUCCUCCGGUGGCGGCGGCGAGCGGCCUCCCCUCAGCGGCUGCCCCGGGCUGUCCGCCGCCACCAAGGUACCGCAGGCUUCGGCCAUGAAGCGGAGCGACCCGCAUCACCCCCAGCACCGGCACCGCGACGGCGGCGACGGCGGCGGCCCGGCGGCCGAGGCGCUCGUCAGCCCCGACGGCACCGUCACCGAGGCGCCGCGCACCGUCAAGAAGAUCCAGUUUGCCGACCAAAAGCAAGAAUUCAACAAGCGCCCGACGAAGAUCGGCCGCCGUUCGCUCUCCCGCUCCAUCUCGCAGUCCUCGACAGACAGCUACAGCUCAGCUGCCUCCUACACAGACAGCUCUGAUGAUGAGACCUCCCCCCGCGACAAGCAGCAGAAGAACUCCAAAGGCAGCAGCGAUUUCUGUGUGAAAAACAUAAAGCAGGCAGAAUUCGGGCGCCGAGAGAUUGAAAUUGCUGAACAAGAAAUGCCUGCGCUGAUGGCUUUGAGGAAGAGAGCUCAGGGAGAGAAGCCGCUGGCCGGAGCCAAGAUCGUGGGCUGCACGCACAUUACGGCGCAGACGGCUGUCCUAAUGGAGACUCUCGGCGCGUUGGGCGCGCAGUGCCGAUGGGCGGCGUGCAACAUCUACUCUACUCUUAACGAAGUGGCCGCUGCCCUCGCUGAGAGCGGGUUCCCCGUCUUCGCCUGGAAGGGAGAAUCCGAAGACGACUUCUGGUGGUGCAUCGAUCGCUGCGUCAACGUCGAGGGAUGGCAGCCCAACAUGAUCUUGGAUGACGGAGGAGAUCUGACUCACUGGAUUUACAAGAAAUAUCCCAACAUGUUUAAGAAGAUCAAGGGGAUCGUAGAGGAGAGCGUGACUGGUGUCCACAGGCUGUACCAGUUGUCCAAAGCGGGGAAGCUCUGCGUCCCAGCCAUGAACGUCAACGACUCGGUCACAAAGCAGAAGUUUGACAACCUGUACUGCUGCAGAGAGUCCAUCCUCGACGGCCUUAAAAGGACAACAGACAUGAUGUUUGGAGGAAAGCAAGUAGUGGUUUGUGGCUACGGGGAGGUUGGCAAGGGCUGCUGUGCUGCCUUGAAGGCCAUGGGCUCCAUAGUGUACGUGACAGAGAUCGAUCCGAUCUGUGCCCUCCAGGCCUGCAUGGAUGGAUUCCGGCUCGUGAAACUCAAUGAAGUCAUCAGACAAGUUGACAUCGUCAUCACCUGCACGGGCAACAAGAACGUGGUGACCAGGGAACACCUGGACCGCAUGAAGAACAGCUGCAUCGUCUGCAACAUGGGGCACUCCAACACCGAGAUCGACGUGGCAAGCCUGCGUACACCCGAGCUGACCUGGGAGAGGGUGAGGUCCCAGGUGGACCACGUCAUCUGGCCAGACGGGAAGAGAAUAGUCCUUCUGGCGGAGGGCCGCCUGCUGAACCUGAGCUGCUCCACUGUCCCCACCUUUGUCCUGUCCAUCACUGCCACCACGCAGGCUUUGGCUUUGAUAGAGCUGUACAACGCUCCCGAAGGCCGCUACAAGCAAGACGUGUACCUGCUGCCCAAGAAAAUGGACGAGUACGUGGCAAGCCUUCACCUCCCAACGUUCGAUGCCCACCUGACGGAACUAACGGAUGAACAAGCCAAAUACUUGGGACUGAAUAAGAACGGACCUUUCAAACCAAACUACUACAGAUAUUAAGUUCCUGCCGCUGUAUCCCGGAGAAUCGCGAGGAACAAGAACCCAAGUCUUUUCUCAACUACUGUACAGGAUGAAACAGCGCAAGCUUCCUAAGUUAGAGCCGGGCUUGCUCACAUAGUAGACAGUGUGUUUAGGUUAUUUAUUUAUUAAAUUAGAAUACUGUACAUGCGGCCUCUGCCACUGGUGUUCGUACUGCCGCGGGACUGGGAGACGGUGGAUUCUUUUCCGUUUGUUUCAUUUUUCUCUUCGGGUUGUUCUUUUUCGGGGCUGGGAGGAUGGGGGAGGCGAGGAGGAAGCUGGUGGAGCGGAAUCGCUGCGAUGUCCUUGGAACAGUCCGUUAUCACCGUUCAUCCGACGCGGGAUCUGACCUCGAGGUCGCACGUCGCUUUUGGUUUCCUUCUCAUCCCAGCGCUUCUUCCAGCAGAGCAGGAUCCCGGCAGCCGCGGGAGCCGGCCGGAGGGCCGCCGCGUUUGCGUUUCUCAUGCCGUUUGACAACGCAGCUAAAAACCUCGCUCGCUCCAGGCGCUGCCGACCAGCCGGGCGCCGCCUCGUCAGCGAAGCGGUAAAUCUCGCCGGCCGUCGCUGGAGAAACCUCUCGGAAUUCUGCCGAACUGCCCAAGGGACGGUUCUGCCAGCGAGUCGGUGAACUUCGCCUUAGCACUGCUGUGAAAGCUGAAACGAAGGGUCCGGUCGUGAGCGUCAGACGGGGAUGGGCCCUGGUAGGAGCCGGGAGGGCAGAGUGGUGCCCGCUCGGAGGUAGACCUGGUGGCUGUAGGGUAAGACCCACCACCGCUCCCUUCGUCACAGCUCCGCAGUAUUUUCCUGCUGCUCACGUUAACGAGUGCCAACCUCCUACGGUUCAACCAAAGUCGUUUUCCCGGUGGGGCUCCGGGGCAGCCUUGCGUUGCCCACGCUGGUGGAAGAGCCUUGCGGCCUCGCCGACAACUGCUGCUCACGUGUCCGGGAGCUCUUCCAAAAACCGAGCUCGUCGGCCAUCCCGGCUGGGAGGACCCUUGUCCAUGCAAGGUGUUUCUCCAGCUGAAUUUCAGUCCUCAUUGGAAAUCUUCAGAGUUUUAUUUUCUAGUAAUAUUUGUGUGAUGAAAUCUGGACAUCCCCUUUGAGUGCAUGAGACGUACGCCGGAGUAAUCUCCACCCUGAUUUUGUGCGCGGGGAAGAAUUUAGCAUCACUAAAGACCUUCAGUCGCCUCGAAUCUUGAUGCAUCAGAGCCGAUGGAGAACAAAUCUGCCACAGUUACUUGUUUUAGCCCAGGAUGUCCCACCUGAACGCUGCGGACAGCACGGCACGCUUACCAAGGUGGCUUUCCAAGUCUCCACGUCUCAUCGGAGUCACUUUUAUGGUUCACGUGGAGAACAUGGUCCUUCUGAAAUAAAAUUGCCCGACCCCGUGAGCACAAAAGCCUUUAUCCUGUGGUUGCUGCUUUGGUACCCGAGUCCCUCAUCAGCUACAGAUUCUUGUUUUGUCCUCGCGGACUUCUUUGCCAUCAUGAAAAACCUCUUUUGUGGCAGCUCAUUCACGCACAAGAAAGGAAAAACUGUGGAAUUAUGGUCUCGGCGGCCAAGUCCUCCUCACGGCUCUUGAUGCCGAGCUCUGAAGUCACCUUGACCACAAGAUGCUCAUCUUUGGAGCAAACGUUCUCGUAGGUUUGCGAAUUCCAAGUUUCUCUUUGAAAUUACUCAAAAGCCUAGAAGUAAGACCUUGAGAAGACCUUGAGGAGACCUUAGGGCUUUGAGAAGGCUUUGAGGCGACCUUAGAGCGUUGUACGACCUUGAGGAGACCUUAAGGCUUUGAGAAGGCUUUGAGGAGACCCUUCGGGCUUUGAGGAGACUUUGAGAAGACCCUUAGGGCUUUGAGGAGACUUUGAGGAGACGUUAGGGCUUUGAGAAGGCUUCAUCAUGGACUGAUCACUAACCACAAACUUGAAAUAAUCUCUACUCAAUCAUGAAUUUUAUCCAGACCCUGAGAUUUUGGGGAAGAGUCCCCUUGAGCUAUUUGGAACGUCACGUUCGGGUCUUUCCCCGUGCUGGAGUCCCUUCGUCUGCAUCAACCAGCGAACCCCAGAGCUUCAGUUGUUCUCUGCAGAUGCGCGGCCCGAAAUCCUGCUCUCGGUGGAGGUGAGACGCGGUCGCGGGGUCACGGCGAGCCAAACAGCUUCUGGAAAAUGGGCGUCCCAACCGCAGCCGCUUCUGCCCCCGGGAAAAUCCCUCUCCGUCGGCGUGACCCUUCGGUGCAGCCGCUCGCCGCCCCCGUGUCCGUCGCUCGCGCAGCAUACGGUGGUGCUGUCCUCACCCGUCAGUUCCUUCCUGCCGAUUUUUAAGCCCGCUUUAUCUUCCAGGUAGAUAGGAGAAAAAGAAAUAAUUAAUAAUAAACUCCCAACCGGCUUUUCCCACCUCGAUUUUUAAAGCCCUUCUCCAUUGCCGUUCUGCUUCUUCUGUAGGCUUUUUUGCUUGCUUGGCUUUUUCCUAAUCAAAUCUGGAAUCAUAUUCUGUGAUCAUCUCUAAAUUAAACGUGUAAUGGGUUGGUUUGGGUUUUUUGGGUUGGUUUUUUUUGUUUGUUCGUUUGUUUGUUUGUUUUUUUUUAAUGUAACACAUUUUUAAAGAAUUAGGAAAAAGGAGAUUUUAGGUAACACCAGCAAAAUCGUAUAAGGAAAUUAAUUCUGUUCUGAACUUUAGAAAUAAUAAGACAAAACCUGUCAUCAGCCUGCAGCGAGGAAAUGAGAACUUUGCAAACGUAACAUUUUCAAAAGGAUGUUUUAAAUAUUAAUGUCUGAGUGAUUGUAUUAGAUCAGCAAUAAAGACUCUGUAAUCUCAAAACACAAAUAAAACAUUGGAAAAACUCA